AUGCCUCCCAUGGUCAGGAGACGGUUGGGCUCUCCGAUGGGGAAGAGGGAUGCUACUGGUGGGGAUGGUAAUGGGGCCUCUGGGAAGAAGAGGCGGAUGGUCGAGCCUGAGGGUUGGUUGAAUCGAUUGACCCCAAGGGGUAGAGUCCGGGAAGAAAAGUCACUAUUGAUGGUGGAGUUGGAGAGGAUAGAGAGGUUACCCCAGUCUGCGGGGCCGAUGCAGAUACUCGGCUUGACGAGGCCACCGAGUAGUGUUGGGGAGGUGAAGAAGAAGCUCCGGGCCCUUAGUAAAGUAGUCCAUCCUGAUAAGACCGCCAAUGAGCCUCACCUGAGGGGUAGGGCUGGUGAGGCCUUCCAACGGAUGAACUCCGCGGCCCAGGGGGUUAUCAAAUUACUCGAGAAAGGGGCGGCUACUGCUGCCCCUCCGGGAAGAGUCCAACAAUUGACUUAUCGAAUGGAAGGUGAAGUGUUGAUAGUCCAAUGGCGACCACCUGCCGACGUCAAUAGGAGGGCAGUGAGCUCCUAUCGAGUCGUGGCCUCGGCCCCCGGUACUACUCCUAUUGAGCAGGGUCUUGUUAGUGCCCAAGGGUCUACUACUGAUGAUGGAUGGGUUGAAUGUGCGAUAUCGUCACAGGGCCGGAGGGGUAAUGACAUUCUAUUCCACAAGCAACACUUCCAAGUGUCGGUUAAUGCAAGUAACCCUAGUGGGCCUGGGCCCACUGCUCAAUUGCAUGUAUACCUGCGCCCUCUCCGUCCGUGUGUUUGAGGACAUAACCUCGUAUAUGCUUGAUCGUAGCGGAGGAGAACUUCCUCCCUUUGUUGCUCCCUUCGACAGUGAGGAAAGACCAACACGCUGUAGCGCGGCGAAGCCUGGGGGAGGCAGA